GGGGCUCUGAGCCAGGUUCGAGGCCCGACUCUUCCCUCAGCCCCCGUGUGACCUUGGAUAAGUCUUACCCUCCCCGAGCUUCUGCUACCACGACGACGAAAUGGGUCCGCUGAGAGUUGGUACACAUAGAAAGGAAGGCAAGAUGACUUCCCUGCUCCAAGAUUGGAACAGCUGAAGAAACCACAAGACAAAAUGAGAACUACAAAGGUCUACAAACUUGUCAUCCACAAGAAGGGCUUUGGGGGCAGUGAUGAUGAGUUAGUCGUGAACCCUAAAGUGUUUCCUCACAUCAAGCUUGGAGAUAUUGUGGAGAUUGCUCACCCCAAUGAUGAAUACAGUCCUCUGCUUUUGCAAGUCAAGUCUCUUAAGGAAGAUUUACAGAAAGAAACUAUCAGUGUGGACCAGACUGUGACUCAAGUAUUCCGGCUAAGACCUUACCAAGAUGUCUAUGUGAAUGUUGUAGACCCCAAAGAUGUGACUCUUGACCUAGUGGAAUUGACUUUUAAGGAUCAGUACAUUGGCCGUGGGGAUAUGUGGCGACUAAAGAAGAGUUUGGUGAGCACCUGUGCCUAUAUCACUCAGAAAGUGGAAUUUGCUGGCAUCAGAGCGCAGGCUGGUGAGCUCUGGGUCAAGAAUGAGAAGGUCAUGUGUGGUUACAUCAGUGAAGAGACCAGGGUGGUGUUCCGUUCUACGUCGGCUAUGGUUUACAUAUUUAUUCAGAUGAGCUGUGAAAUGUGGGAUUUUGAUAUUUAUGGGGAUUUGUACUUUGAGAAAGCUGUGAAUGGUUUCCUUGCUGACCUGUUUACUAAGUGGAAGGAGAAGAACUGUAGUCACGAAGUGACUGUGGUCCUGUUUUCUAGAACUUUUUAUGAUGCAAAAUCUAUUGAUGAAUUUCCUGAAGUAAACCGAGCAUCAAUUCAACAGGAUCACAAAGGGAGAUUCUAUGAGGACUUUUACAAAGUGGUGGCUCAGAAUGAGAGGAGGGAAGAGUGGACAUCGCUCCUUGUGACCAUUAAAAAACUCUUCAUCCAGUAUCCAGUGUUGGUGCGACUGGAACAGGCAGGGGGCUUUCCUCAAGGAGACAAUUCUACCUCAGCACAAGGAAACUACCUAGAGGCCAUCAAUUUGUCCUUCAACGUGUUUGACAAACACUACAUCAACCGCAACUUUGACCGAACUGGACAGAUGUCUGUGGUGAUCACACCCGGGGUGGGUGUCUUUGAAGUGGACCGCCUACUCAUGAUACUGACCAAGCAGCGCAUGAUUGAUAAUGGAAUCGGGGUGGACCUAGUAUGUAUGGGAGAGCAGCCUUUACAUGCUGUGCCAUUAUUCAAGCUGCAUAACCGGAGUGUUCCGAGGGACUCUCGGCUGGGUGAUGAUUAUAAUAUCCCUCACUGGAUAAACCACAGUUUCUACACAUCCAAAAGCCAGCUGUUUUGCAACAGUUUCACCCCACGGAUCAAACUGGCAGGAAAGAAGCCUGCUUCUGAGAAAACCAAAAAUGGCCGAGAUACAUCUCUUGGGACUCCAAAGGAAUCUGAGAACACCCUGCCCAUCCAAGUAGAUUAUGAUGCCUACGAUGCUCAAGUAUUCAGGCUGCCUGGUCCAUCCCGGGCUCAGCGCCUUGCCACCUGCAGGUCUGUGAGGGAGCAGGAGAAUCAUAGUCGCAAAAGUGCCAGCUCCUGUGAUGUCUCAUCCAGCCCUUCCCUACCAAGCCGUGCACUGCCCACUGAGGAAGUGAGGAGCCAGGCUUCUGAUGACAGCUCCCUGGGCAAGAGCACCAACAUCCUGAUGAUCCCUAACCCCCACCUGCACCAGUAUGAAGUCAGCAGCUCAUUGGGCUACACCAGCACCCGAGCAGAUGUCCUGGAGAACAUGAUAGAACCCCCACAGCGGGACUCCAGUGCACCAGGAAGAUUCCAUGUGGGCAGUGCAGAGUCUAUGCUACAUGUUCGGCCUGGUGGAUACACACCUCAGAGAGCACUGAUUAACCCCUUUGCCCCCUCAAGAAUGCCCAUGAAGCUCACAUCCAAUAGAAGGCGCUGGAUGCACACUUUUCCUGUAGGACCAUCUGGAGAGGCCAUUCAGAUCCAUCAUCAAACGCGGCAGAACAUGGCAGAGCUUCAGGGCAGCAGGCAGAGGGACCCCACCCACUCCUCUGCAGAGCUGUUGGAGUUGGCGUAUCAUGAAGCUGCUGGAAGGCACAGCACUUCCCGCCACCCUAGUGACAGCAUGUCCUUGAACUUCGGUGCAACUGAAGAGCUUUCUGCCAGCCUGCUUAGCAACAGUGGUGCAGGUCUGAAUCCUAGGACCCAGAAUAAGGAUUCGCCAGAGGAUGGUGUUUCUACCUCUCCAGACCCAAUUCUGACACUGUCUGCUCCCCCUGUAGUGCCAGGCUUCUGUUGCACAGUUGGAGUGGACUGGAAGUCUCUUACUACUCCUGCAUGCCUUCCCCUCACCACUGACUACUUCCCGGACCGUCAGGGCCUGCAGAAUGACUACACAGAGGGCUGCUAUGAUCUCCUCCCAGAAGCAGACAUGGACAGGAGAGAUGAGGAGGGUGUUCAAAUGACAGCCCAGCAAGUGUUUGAAGAGUUCAUUUGCCAGCGUCUCAUGCAGGGCUACCAAAUCAUAGUACAGCCAAAGGCUCAGAAACCUAGUACCACGGUCCCACCCCCGCUGAGCAGUAGCCCACUCUAUAGCAGAGGCCUUGUGUCCAGAAACCGCCCUGAGGAGGAAGGCCAGUAUUGGCUGAGUAUGGGCAGAACUUUCCAUAAGGUGACACUCAAGGACAAGAUGAUCACAGUAACCCGAUACCUUCCCAAGUACCCUUACGAGUCUGCCCAGAUUCAUUACACCUACAGCCUCUGCCCCUCCCACUCCGACUCAGAGUUUGUCUCCUGCUGGGUGGAAUUCUGCCACGAACGGCUGGAGGAGUACAAGUGGAAUUACUUAGAUCAGUAUAUUUGUUCUGCUGGCUCUGAAGAUUUCAGUUUAAUUGAGUCUCUGAAGUUCUGGAGAACCCGAUUCCUACUUCUCCCAGCCUGUGUCACUGCCACUAAGCGCAUCACAGAAGGGGAGGUGCACUGUGACAUCUAUGGGGACAGACCCCGUGCAGAUGAAGAUGAGUGGCAGCUCUUAGAUGGCUUCAUCCGCUUUGUGGAAGGCUUAAACCGCAUCCGCAGGCGCCAUCGCUCAGACCGCAUGAUUCGGAAAGGGACUGCCAUGAAAGGCUUGCAGAUGACCGGGCCCAUCUCUGCACACUCCCUCGAGUCAACUGGGCCCCCUGUUGGGAAGAAAGGAACCUCAGCUCUGUCUGCCCUGUUGGAGAUGGAAGCUAGUCAGAAGUGCCUAGGAGAGCAGCAGGCAACUGUGCAUGGAAAAAGUUCCACUCAGGCAGCUGAGAGCAGCAGUGUUGCUAUGACUCCCACCUAUGUGGACAGCCCACGAAAGGCAUCUGUGGACCAAACAGCUGCUCUGGUAUCAGACGGUGCCAGUUUGGGGGUCAGCACAUGCCAGUCCCUGGAUAGAGGUAGCAACCAGACCCUUGGGAACUCCCAGAACAUAGGAGAACUGGCCUUUCCCUCUGCAAACUCUGACUGCAGCUCUCAGCAGCACGCAGCAAGCUCUCUGACAUCAUCCUCUACCCUGGUGGAGAUUCUGGAAGCCAUGAAGCACCCCUCGACAGGAGUCCAGCUGCUCUCUGAGCAGAAAGGCCUUGCACCCUGCUGCUUCAUCAGUGCUGAGGUGGUGCAUUGGCUGAUGAACAAUGUGGAGGGGGUCCAGACGCAGGCGAUGGCCAUCGACAUCAUGCAGAAAAUGCUGGAAGAGCAGCUCAUAACACAUGCAUCUGGUGAAGCCUGGCGGACCUUCAUCUAUGGCUUCUAUUUCUACAAGAUAGUAAUGGACAAAGAGCCCGAUCGAGUGGCUAUGCAGCAGCCCACUGCUCCCUGGCACACAACAGGAGUGGACGACUUUGCCAGCUUCCAGCGCAAGUGGUUUGAAGUGGCCUUUGUGGCCGAAGAGCUUGUGCACUCUGAGAUUCCUGCCUUCCUCCUGCCCUGGCUACCCAGUCGGCCAGCCUCUUACGCGAGCAGGCACAGCUCCUUCAGCCGAAGUUUUGGAGGACGGAGCCAGGCAGCUGCACUGUUGGCUGCCACUGUCCCAGAGCAGAGGACUGUGACCCUGGAUGUCGAUGUGAACAACCGAACCGACCGGCUGGAGUGGUGCAGCUGUUACUACCACGGAAACUUCUCUCUCAAUGCAGCCUUUGAGAUCAAGCUACACUGGAUGGCGGUGACUGCCACAGUACUCUUUGAGAUGGUCCAAGGUUGGCAUCGAAAAGCUACCUCCUGCGGCUUCUUGUUAGUCCCAGUUUUGGAGGGUCCUUUUGCACUGCCCAGUUACCUCUAUGGCGAUCCUCUGCGGGCCCAGCUCUUCAUCCCACUCAACCUCAGCUGCUUGCUCAAGGACGGCAGCGAGCACCUGUUCGACAGCUUUGAACCGGAAACGUAUUGGGAUCGAAUGCACCUUUUCCAGGAAGCCAUUGCUCACAGGUUUGGAUUUGUACAAGAUAAAUAUUCUGCCUCUGCUUUUAACUUCCCUGCUGAGAAUAAGCCUCAGUAUAUCCAUGUUACAGGAACAGUGUUUCUUCAACUGCCUUACUCCAAGCGCAAGUUUUCCGGGCAGCAGCGUCGGCGACGGAACUCCACUAGCUCCACCAACCAAAACAUGUUCUGCGAGGAGCGGGUUGGCUACAACUGGGCCUAUAACACCAUGCUGACCAAGACAUGGCGCUCUAGUGCCACGGGGGAUGAGAAGUUUGCCGAUCGGCUGCUGAAGGACUUCACAGACUUCUGCAUCAACCGUGACAACCGUCUGGUUAUGUUCUGGACAAACUGCCUGGAGAAGAUGCAUGCCAGUGCCCCGUGAAACCAAGCUGCUUGACUUAGGAGGUUGUGGGCAUUCUAGGACUGGCCAUCCAGUUAGGCCCCGGGCAUCAGGCUGCUACUGUCAGUGAGCGUGGCCACUGCUGCUUUCUGGCCUUUGCACAAGUGUGAGAGAGGAGAAAACUGGAAGCAGCUGCUGCCACUACCACCACCCAGAUCCCGCCAUCAUGUGCCCAUGGCAGGGGAGGCACAGAUUGUCCGUGGGAGGGAGUCAGUGUCUGGGAAUGGGGUAGGCAGCUUCCAUUAGGGUCCUUUUCCUUUACCAGCAGUGGGAUUUUCAGAACAGAACCUCCCGAUUCCUGCCUGGGAGCGUGCGUGUAUAACAUAAUCUGUGACAUAGUGUACCAUUGGCUCAUACCAGGUGUACAUAUGUGUACAUAGAAGAAGCAAAUAAAGUCGCCUACACAGUGUC